AAGAUAGAGAUAGUCUGAUUAGAAUGAAAAGAGUUCAUUUUCUUGCAAAUUUUGUAUUUCUGGCUUUCGCUGCCUCAUUUGCCUUCGCCUUCGACCCUAGUCCUCUACAGGAUUUUUGUGUAGCCAUCAAUGAUACUAAGGAUGGUGUGUUCGUGAAUGGGAAAUUCUGCAAGGACCCAAAGCUUGCCACAGCAAAUGAUUUCUUCUUUUCAGGGCUCAACAUUGCCAGAGACACCUCCAAUCCAGUUGGCUCGGUCGCCAGAAACACUUCCAAUCCAGUUGGCUCGGUGGUCACUCCUGCUAAUGUCGCUCAAAUUCCAGGGCUCAAUACUCUUGGAAUAUCGCUGGUUCGCAUUGAUUACGCACCAUACGGUGGCCUAAACCCACCACACACUCACCCUCGUGCCACGGAGGUCAUAACAGUCCUGGAGGGAACGCUCUAUGUUGGCUUUGUCACAUCGAACCCUGAUAAUCGUCUCAUCACCAAAGUCUUAAAGCCAGGAGAUGUUUUCGUGUUCCCAUUUGGACUCAUUCACUUCCAAUUCAAUGUGGGGAAAACCAAAGCUUCGGCCAUUUCUGCCUUGAGCAGCCAGAACCCUGGUGUAAUUACAAUCGCAAAUGCAGUCUUCGGAUCCACUCCACCUAUUAGAUCUGAUGUUCUCGCCAAGGCCUUCCAAGUGGACAAGAAAAUAGUGGACUAUCUUCAGAAGCAAUUCUGGUACGACAACAAUUAGAAGAAAAUCCUACUGGUAAUAUAAGCUGACUGGAGGCAAUAUUGCAGCGUACCAUAUUGAUUGUGUUU